AUGUCAUAUCACAUCUCAGACCCACUUAUCAGAGCAGAGAACGAUUAAAAGGAUCUUAUAAUUGCUUAGCUUAAAGCUGAAGCUUUUGAACUUAGAUAAAAGGAUAGAGAUUUUAGGUCACUUCAUGAGCAAUAUCUAAACAUUUAACACAAACGUCGUAAAGGAGAUGACUACAGUGUGGAUCAUCAAGGACUUCUAAGAAUGAGUGAUGAUAAAUUAGAAAGAAUCGAGGCAAUGAGAGCUGAUAUUCAAAGAAAAACAGAUUUAAAUCACGCUUUAAAACUUGACAUUAGUGAUUAAGAAAGAGAAGCCCUUAAACUAUCAGACGAGGUGAAAUAGCAGCUAUCCUAAAAUGAUGUGGUUAGAAGUCAAAAUAUCUCCAAAUAAAAGAAAAUAGAGAUUCAAGAAAAAGAUAACUGGCAUUUCCAAAGUGAGCUAGAAAGAUUAGUUGCUAGAAACCAAGACCAUUUGCAAGAAAUUGACGGAAAAAGAGUAUAAGAAAAUAGAUAGGAGCAAGAAUUAAGAGAGAAGUAGUAAUAACUUCAAGAUAUCAAAGAUCGAAUCAAUUAAUAUGAAAAAAGUAUUAAUGAUAAUGAGAGGAGAUUAUUGAACGAGAAUUAAAGAUAAGAAGAAAUCUCAUAGAGAAUCAGAUAGCAAAGAAUACUUGUUGAUGAAUCAGACGAGAAACUCAGAAGAGCUUAAUUAAAGAGAAAAGAAAUUCAAGCUGAAAUAGAGAGAGCCGAUCGUGAAAACUCUGAUCUAAGAAGGGCAAAAGCUAGAUCAGAGGAUGAAACAAAGGAUCUUUAGACUUAAAUUGAAGCUCUAAAUAGACACAUCGAACUGCUUGGCAGGUAAAACGAUGAGCUUGCUCAAGAAUUGCAAAUAAUGGUUGAAACUGAUGAGUUAAUUAGAGAAAGACUAAAUAGAAGAGAAAGGGUGCAGUAGAUAAGAGGCAAAAAUGAAGAAUAACUUUACAGAUCAUAAGCUCAUUUAGAGAGAUCUAAAUCUCCUACUAACAAAUACAGGCAAUUCUGA